AUGGUCAAGGAGACCAAGCUCUACGACCAACUAGGCGUCAAGCCAGACGCUACACAAGAUGAGAUCAAGAAGGGUUAUCGGAAAAUGGCCUUGAAAUGGCAUCCCGACAAGAACAAGGACAAUCCCGAGGCCGCGGAGAAGUUCAAGGAGUGCUCACAAGCCUACGAGAUUCUCUCUGACCCCGAAAAACGCAAAACGUACGACUCCUUCGGUCUCGAAUUCCUUCUCCGCGGCGGCGCUCCCCCCGAUGCCGACGGUGCCAACCCCUUUGCUGCUGGCGGCAUGCCAGGCGGCUUCCAGAACUUCAACUUUGGCGGCAUGCCUGCCGGCGGCGGUGGCGGCACGCGCACAUUCCACUUCAGCACUGGCGGUGGCGGCCCCGGAGGAUUUAGCUUCAGCAACCCGGAGAACAUCUUCUCGGAGUUCAUGCGAUCCAAUGGCUCCGGUGCUAUGGGUGGCGACGACCUCGACGGCAUCUUCUCCGCCUUUGGCGGCGCCCGCGGCGCUUCGGGCGGCGGCACUCGGCGGAUGCGCACCUCGUUCGGCGACGAGCCCAUGGGCCGCAGCGCGAGGGCGCACACCCCCGAGGUCACGACGGUGGAGCGGCCGCUGCCCAUCUCUCUCGAGGAGAUGUUCAAUGGCACCACCAAGAAGAUGAAGAUUAAGAGAAAGAUGUUCGACGAGACCGGCAAGCGGACCACCACCGACACCGUGCUCGAGGUGCCUAUCAAGCCCGGCCUGAAGAAGGGCAGCAAGAUCCGGUUCAAGGGCGUCGGAGACCAGGAGGAAGGCGGACAGCAAGACUUGGUCUUCAUCGUCGAAGAGAAAAAGCACCCACUCUACACUCGAGACGGUGACGACAUCGUCUUCCCUCUGGAGCUCACCCUCAAGGAAGCUCUGACGGGUUGGAAGCGAACGGUCACAACCAUGGACGGCAAGCAACUGAACCUCGACAAAGCCGGCCCGACCCCGCCGGGUGGUACCGAGGUCUACCCUGGUCUUGGCAUGCCCAUCUCCAAGAAGCCCGGCCAGAGAGGCAACUUCGUGGUCAAGUACAACGUCAAAUUCCCGACUAGCCUGACAGCCGCUCAGAAGCAGAAGCUACGCGAGAUCCUAUAA